AUGAUGGAUAUAUUGAAAACUGGAUCGUUUAAACGUAUCACAUCAUUCUUUAUUGGUGUCAUUGACCUAGACACUAAUACAGAAGUGGCUAUGAAUCUGGCAGGAAGGUUUUUUGUGAAGUCUAACUAUAUACGGUCUGCCAAAGAUAACUGGAUUCUGUGUGAUGUGAGACUAUUAACUGACGAUACUGAUACAUUUUUGUGCAUCAAAUCAUUGCCUUCGUCGAUAUUAUUGAAUGGAAACAUCAAUUACACAGAAAAUGAGGUUGAUAAACUUCCUGAAAAAAGUCCAUAUCUUCCAGAAAACUUUGCUACCAGGCCAUUCACUGCACUAUGUAAUCUAAGUGAAUAUAAAUCAUGUUCGAUGAGAACAGAAGCUGUUAAUUCGAGUGCCUCGUUCGCUCUCAAACUUGUGCCUUCGAGUGUUUUUGGAAAUAAAAAGCUUCUCAUUGCUACAGAAGAUGAAAAUGAGAUUACUACCUGGUUGGCUAUUUGUAAGACAUGCAUAGGGAAGAAGUCGAAAAACUGCUCUUCAACUAACAAGGACUUAGCUUGUAAUUUGGGAACGCUGAGUAAAUCUGGCAGCUUCAUGUCACUUAAACCAAACUCGCAGACAUGCGAAAAUGAACUUGACGAUGUACUGAUGGAUAAUGAGGUUUAUGAAGCAUACUCUUCAGAGGAUAAAAUCCCGGCACUUCUAGAAGAAGCUGGUGAUUGGAUGAAAUUACACUUAUGUCAAUCGGAUUGUUAUUUGCGUCUAACAACAGAUCGUUUAGAAGUUUUGGACUUUUACAGUCAUAAACCUGUACAUUGGUUUCCUUAUCUAUUAAUACGUAGAUUUGGUGCAUCCAACGGUGUGCUACGUGUUGAUGCUGGUCGAAGAUGUUCCACUGGUGAUGGUAAAUUUUUUUUUAGAUGUAGUCCACCAAAUGGUCAACCGGUUGAUGUAUUAGUUACACAAAUACGACAAUUAGCAUUGGAGGCGAAACAACGUACUAAACGUAGUCAAUUAACAUCGAGUAAUUUGGAGUUGCACGCCAACAACAAUACUAACAAUCACACUGAUAGUAAUAAUAUUAAUCAUCAUAUCAAAACAGGCGAAUCAUUGGCUACUACAAAUACUAAUUUGGAUAAUGAUCAGUUAGAGAGUAGUAUUCAUGGAACAUUACCACGUACAACAUCAAAACGCACAAAAUUACCAAGCGAAUCUACCAUGCUACGAUCCAGUUCCAAUUCUACAAAUGUCGGUAGUGGAAAUAGUAAUAAUAAUAGCGGUAGCGGUGGCCUGUCAGAGUGCCUUCCUCCAAAAGCCACUCCGGAACCAUCGGACGAUGUUGAUUCAAAUGUAAUUCCAUCUAGUAGUACCAAUGAUAAAAAAGAAAUAUUUAAAGCAACUUUAUGUAAAGCAGCUUUAGUACCUAAAAAUGAUCAAGAACCGGUGAACGUAUCAAAUCUUUAUGAUAAUUUACCACGUCCACCACGUCGUGCUUCACGUUUACCAGGGUCAGUCAAUGUUCUUCCAUUACCUGCACGUAGUAAUAAACAAAAAGAUUUUAACACUUCUGCAAACUUUGAAACACCACUUAACACUAAUGAUCGACAAUUUUCUACAGAUACUCUUGAUAAUUUAGUAAGGCUAAAUUAUAAACACUUAAGAGCACCAUCUUCGUUAGGAUUAAUAACAUCAUCUGCUUCACCAACGUCAGUAACAAUAACAACGACAACCACAACAACACCAUCAGCAGUCACCGUGAAUACAACUUCGAAUGCAUCCUUUUCAAUGCUAACUCCAUCGACAGUUUCUUCGCCUGCUUCUUCUUCUUCUCCAUCAUCAUCACCAUCGGCAUCAUUAGUUUUGAUGAAUAAAAAGACAGUGACUCCAACUUGUGUAUCACAAACUUCGUUAACACCAUCCAAUCACCUUCAACUGUACAGUAAAAGUAAUGAAGGUAAUAAUACAGCCGCAUCAUCUUCAUCGUCAUCGAUAAACUUUAUAGAUAGUUCAGAAAUAAAGACUAGCGACGCAUGUUCCUCCAUUCAAACAACAAUGAUCACAAUGCAAGGACUAACAACAACAUCCUCACCACCAUCCAACUCAAUUGUUAAAUCUCUAAUACAAUCAUAUACUUCUAUAUCGUCGAAUGGUUUAAACUACAAUGCUAACGGUUAUUUUAUUGGUGAUAAUCUUAAAAUUAAAUCAAAGCCCUCUUCGUUGUUUGUUCCAGUAACCACUACGACAAUAUCAUCGUCAUUAAAAUCCCCAGCUUCAGUCUCACCCUCCUCAGCCGUCAAAACUACACCGACUGAUAAUUACGAAAAUGAUGUUGAUACGAAAUUAGGCAGUCAUAAUUUAACAAAGAAAUCGGUAAAUUCAAAUGGAAAGAUGCGGGUACCCUCAUCGGUGAAUUCACAGUCAGAUACUCCUGAUCACCAACAACAAAAACAACAACUUAUAAGUAACUCUUCACACUUGAAUAAUUCAAAAUCUAGUUCAGCUUCAUUGUUUCUAUCCAGACCUCAUCCAGCAUCUAAACAAAACAAUACAAAUAUCACUGAAACUUCUUUUUCCUUGUCAUCUUGCACAUUACCAGUAUGUUCACCUACUAUGAACACAGUUGCUAAACCAAUUUCUUUACCAGUUAAAACGGAUUCAGUGUUUCGAGCUGAAAAGAUUGUUCCACGUAGAUCCAUAGAGGCGAACAGUAAUUGCAACAACGCUAAUGAAUUAGCACAAAGUUCUACUAGUAGUGGCUCUGUAGUAAAUUCUAAUGAUAAAACACGAAUGACAAAGGAUGAUUCACGUCGAUAUUUAUCUGAAUUGGAUAGUGUUAUCAAAGAACUCUGUGAAGCAAACGAAGCAGCUGUACAGGCUACACGUGAAGCUGCACAACGAAGACAACGUCUAGGCUGGUCAGCAUCAGGUAAUUCUCAAUUAAAAUUAGCAACAACAAAUGAACCAAGUACCAUGCCUAUUCCAAGUAGUACGAAUGCCUAG